CAGAAGAAUGCAUGUACAAGGGCAUUGAUGCUUGCCAGGAUGGUGCUCUAUUCAGAAAAAUAGGGAAGAAAAUCAGUGAUCAUGCUGAAAGAUUUGGCUUCAACGUGGUGGACCGAUUUGUUGGACAUGGAAUUGGGACUGUUUUCCAUUCUGAACCUCUGAUAUAUCACCACCGUAAUGACAAGGGUGGGAGAAUGGUUGAAGGGCAAACAUUUACCAUUGAACCCAUUCUUACAUUUGGAACGACGGAUUGCAUAACUUGGGAAGACAACUGGACUACUCUAACUGCUGAUGGCAGCCCCGCAGCUCAGUUUGAGCACACAAUUCUUAUCACAAGAACUGGUGCUGAGAUUUUGACAAAAUACGAAGAGGUGAAAGAAAGUGCAGAGGAAAAACUGUGACUGAGAUUGCUGCAAUCAACUUGAUACCCCCGAGCAGCAAGAUAAGAGCUACUCCGUCAAUGUGAGAUGAAAAUAGUGAAGGUUACAGAGCGUUUAUUAUCUACAAAAGGGAUGUCUCUCCUCUUCAACAACUAGUUUCAAUUGUCGUGCAGUGAAAAUGACGAUUUAGUUUUAACCUACAAAUUAAAUGCAUUGAUUUGGUGAACUGCAGAAGUGUACAAAACAAAAACAUUAGUUGCAUCGACUUUAUAGUCAAGUACUCCUAUGUAAAAUUGAUACAGAUCGUUUGUAUUCUCU